CCCUCUCCCGUGAGUUAGCAAGCGGAGACUUGGUCCAACGGCCGGUCAGUUCCCGUACUGGCUCGUACAUUCCCCGCGCGCGAGGAAGUCCACGGCGGGGAUGUCACGACUCGCGACUGGACUGGAGUAGCUAAAUAUCGCCCGGUUUCGUUUCCAGGAUUUCCAAGUCUUUGAACUUUGUCCACAACUUCCCCUGGCGCCCCGAGUAAGCUUCCUUUCCUUGCGGCGAUAUCGUCCACAAAGCAGGCAGGAAAAACGCAGCAACGGCAACGUCCUGGAAGAUAUAGAUGCCGUGCAAUACACAACCGGACAGGCGGUUUUGCGUUUCUCGUGUCUCGUACUGCUCUUAAGUGAAGAAACAAAGAAAGAUAAGAGCAACUCGGUGCUGAUCUGCUCUUUGAAUUCGAUCGGUGCCGGCGAUGAGGUGGUGGGAGAGCGUGAAGAGCUACGCCGGCAACCUCGGUUGCGUCCCUCGGAUCGGGAGGAAGGAGCCCGAGGAUCUUUACUCUUACCCAAUCGAUCCGCCCGAGAAACGGAGAGGAUCGCGGGGUCUUGCUGCGGCGGCGGAGGAGGACCCAGCGGACAGGACGAUCGAGGUGCCGGCGGUGGCGCUCCGAGAAGUGAACGAGAUAACGGGCGGCUUCGACGGCGAGAAGCUGAUCGGGCAGGGUUCCUACGCCAAGGUGUACAAGGUGACCCUCCGGAGCGCUCGGCUGGCCGUGGUGAAGAAGCUGGAGAAGCCGUCCAAGCACGCGUCCAACGACGUGUUCCUGCGGCAGCUGGCCGUGGCGUCCAAGCUCCGGCACGAACACUUCGUGCGCCUGCUGGGUUACACCGUCAGCGGCGACCUCCGGGUGCUGGUCUACGAGUUCGCAUCCAUGGGCACCCUCCACGACGCCCUCCACGGCCCUGCGAGGGGAGAAGAACAAGAAGAAGGAGUGCAGGAGGGUGAGGAUCAGAGGCCGGUGUUGAGCUGGGCGCACCGGGUGCAGAUCGCGCUGGACGCGGCCAGGGGCCUGGAGUACCUGCACGAGAAGGCCCGGCCCGCGGUGACCCACAAGGACGUGAGGUCCACCAACGUGCUGCUGUUCGACGGGAUGAGGGCUAAGAUUGCCGAUUACAACAUGUUCAGCCAGGCCGCCGACAUGGCCCGCCUCAACCGCUCCACCCACACGCUCGGCUCCUUCGGCUACCAGGCGCCCGAGUACGCCAUGACGGGGCAGAUGACGGACAAGAGCGACGUGUACAGCUUCGGGAUAGUCCUCCUGGAGCUCCUCACGGGGAGGAAGCCGCUGGACCGGACGCUGCCGCAGGGCCAGCGGAGCCUCGUCAACUGGGCGUCUCCGCUGCUGACCGAAGACAGAGCCCAGGAAUGCAUCGAUCCCAGGCUCGGCGACCAGUACCCUCCAACCGGAGCUCUCAAGCUGGGGAGGAUCGCGGUGCAGUGUCUGCAGUACGACCCCACCUUCCGGCCGUCCAUGGGCACCAUCGCCCGCGUGAUCAACUACGCCGUCGUGCGGGACCAGCAGGGAGUGGUCUGAAUGGUCAAGUUUUUGCAGGUUGCCACCGUCCCUUGUACAAUGAUAUUGGUGAAGUUUCAAAAAAAAAAAGUGCUGAGUAUAUUGGUGUAAAUUUGUAAGUUUGAGCAGAGGUUGACAGGACCGAUCCGGAAGCAAUUUAUUUAGGCUCAUUUCUGAAGCAUACGCACAUACAUUUGCUCUCUCUUUUA